AUGGGUAAUUCUGGGAGUAAAAUUAACUUUCGCAAAGCAGUAAUCGAACUUACAACGAAGAAAUCAAAAGUGGAAGAAGAUGCGUUUUGGGAAGAGUUAUGGGCUUCCAAUAUAAACUGUGCUGCAGAUGUUUUUGCACUGAUCACAGCAGACGAUAUCCGUUCAUUGCGUGAUAAUUCUCCAAACAAUCUGGCAGCUCUAUGUUAUAAAACUGUGGAUCGAAUAACGAUAGCCUGUAACUCCCCAUCAACCAUAUCGUCAACAAAGGUACUGAAUUGCAUACGACUUCUAACAAGAGUUUGUCCAUAUUUAUUCGAAGAUUCGGACUGGAAAGGUUUUUUUUGGUCAUUACCACCAGCAGAAGAAAACGAACAAUUUCCCCAUCAACCAUUAGCAUGCACACUGAUAUCUGCACUUACCGAUCUACUCUUUUGUCCAGAAUUCACUGUUUCUUCUCUAAAAAGUCAUCAGGGAGGGUCAGACGAUUUAAGUGCUAUUGACAGCUGUGAAUAUAUAUGGGAGGCUGGUGUUGGUUUUGCGACGAGACCGCCGCAAAUAGCAGAGCAUGAUCAGCGACGGGCCGAAAUUCUUAAACUUUUACUUACAUGCUUUUCAGAAGUCAUUUAUGUCCCAGUUAUUGAUGAAAAUAGGAUGAGAUGGAUAGCGAGAUUUACAUCGGCAGAAAAUCGUCAUGUUCUACCGCUUUUUACUUCCCUGCUUAACGUAGUUUGUGCAUAUGAUCCGAUUGGUUAUGGCGUACCUUAUAAUUAUUUAUUGUUUACGGACAGCAGAGAACCGCUUAUGCAGAUUGCAUUACAAGUGCUUAUUGUGUGCCUGGAUAGUGAGACACAAUCAUCCGUCAAGAAGAACGAGUAUGCUGACAAUUUUUUCAUUAAUUAUCUAUCAAGAAUUCAUCGCGAGGAGGACUUUGAGUUCAUGUUGAAAGGCAUGACUCGUUUGUUGACAAAUCCAUUAGUUGCUACGUACCUUCCGAGUUCCACCAAAAAAAUAACAUGCCAUCAGGAGCUCCUUGUUUUGCUUUGGAAAUGCUGUGAGUAUAAUCAGAAAUUCAUGUUUUAUUUAUUGAAAACGAGUGAUGUUCUGGAAGUGCUUGUUCCGAUAUUAUUUCACGUUAGUGCUUCUCGCAAUGAUCCAGCUCGUGUUGGUUUGAUACAUAUGGGUGUUUUCAUCAUUUUGUUGUUAAGCGGUGAGCGAAACUUUGGUGUACGUUUAAAUAAACCCUACACUCCACGGGCAGCUAUCGAUGUACAAUCAUUCACUGGAACACAUGCAGAUUUACUUAUUCUUGUGUUCCACAAGCUAAUAACCACGGGCAAUCACCGAUUGCAGUCACUUUUCGAUUGUCUUUUAACAAUUAUUGUAAACGUGUCACCGUAUUUGAAAUCCAUUUCGAUGUUUGCAGCGAAUAAGCUUAUUCAUCUUAUUGAGGCUUUUUCAACCCCUUGGUUUUUGUUUUCAUCACCGACAAAUCACCUUCUUAUCUUUUUCCUCCUUGAAGUUCUCAAUAAUAUUAUUCAAUAUCAGUUCGAUGGAAAUUCAAAUUUGGUGUAUACUAUCAUUCGAAAACGCCAAGUAUUUUAUCAGCUGGCAAAUCUUUCGUCUGAUUCGGCAUAUAUCAUGAAAAUGCUGCAGGGGCGCAAGGGACGUAAAAGUGCUGCGGUUACUGAAUCAAAGUCAUCAAUUGUUGACGGGAAACCUGUCGGUG